UUAGCGAGAAGGAACAGCAGCUUCGCCGGAGGCUGGAAGUCCUUUUGAAGUGGUUGCAACGGUCCUUGGCAGUCCCUGGGCACCCAGGUGACCUCGUGCGAGGCCAGGGUACCUUCAAGCUGCUAGGACAAACCCACGGCCAAGAAACUCAUUUACACGCCCGACUCUCGCGAAGAUGAGUUCGGCAUCAACGGGUGGAACUGAGGGGUCUAGUCCAGCCUCUAGCCCUGCCUCGGCUACAAGUCUCACUAUGGCUGCUCCUAAGUAUGGUACAGUAGUACCGAAUCGUAUCUUCGUAGGUGGUAUUUCUGCUAACACCAGCGUAGAUGAACUUACCGAACUUUUUUCCACUUAUGGCAAUGUUAAAGCUACAAAAAUAAUUGCUGAUCGUGCCGGUGUAUCUAAAGGUUAUGGAUUUGUUACAUUUGAAACAGAAGAAGAAGCUAAAAGACUUCAGCAAGAGUCUGAAUGCAUUGUGUUACGAGAAAGAAAAUUAAAUAUAGCCCCUGCAAUUAAAAAGCAACCUUUCAAUAGACCUUUUGAUGGUGGUUCUGGGUCCCCACCCUCUGUACCUAAUAGUACUUACUAUUGUACAAAUGGUAUGGGUCUUAUGUACCAAAAUGGUAUGGCAUUUUACAACACUACAGCUCCUGCACCAACAACACCAAUUGCUCCACCAACCGAUCCAGCAACUAUUUAUCAAGCCACAGGAGUGUUUGGUCCGCAAGCUACUGGUCAUCAAACUUUUGCACCUGUAAUGUACCCGUGUCCUGCUCCAUCUCUCUACAUGCCACAACAGUAUCCGUAUUCACCUAUGCCGUAUGAGACGUAUUAUCCAGGGGCGACCGCCGCCGGAGCUCAUCCAUACUUGUACCCCACUAGUAAUUCGCAAAGUAACACGAGCGGUGGUAACAGUAAUUCCGGAAGCGGCAACAAUGGCACAGGGGCAACCAGUCCACCAACAGGUCCACCGCCGCUACCAUCUUUGCCUCCACCACCAUCCGCGCAUUUUUACGCCCCUGCUGCACCGCCACCGCAUCAUCAUCCACCGGUACCUACAGGUCCUCCUCCACAGGUGGAUCAUCUCUACUAUCCUUUAGCAGCUGGACCCCACCCACCGCCUCCGCAUGCUCCCAUGGGAUUGAAUGAUCAGCAGUUGUUGUUUUACGCUGCCGACACCCCAUGUCAGCAAACGUCGUCUGAUGGCCAAGCUGCUUCACAGGAGGAUUCUCGUUCGACAUCGAGCCACUCGGAGCAACCACAUGGUGAAACACAGGCUGCUGCAGGGUCAGCUACACCCCUGGUGUCCUUAAUGCCCGUGAAACUCCCCAUGUCUGGUCGUUACACCAAUUAUCAUCCAAUCGCGAUACACACCGGAAACUUGUACAGCUCACAGACAUGCUUGAACGAAAGUGACGAUUGCAGUGGCAAUCAGAUGCAUUGUAGGGCCAUCGUGUAUCACCCGGCAACGGUUUACAUUCCUCACGCGCAUACACCGUCGUUUCACAACGCUUCCGGCGGUACUAGCUUGCUGCCCACACCGCCGUCAGUGUCUCAGCAGAUGUUCGACUCUACUAAUAAAAGUCAGAGUUUCAAUUCCAGGGACUAUUCAAAGUCCGGGCCCGCGAACGGGCAGAACAGUUACACGAAAUCCCAGAAUCACGGCAUCGCGUUGUCCCAUCAAGCUCCUUUCGUUAUAGCUCAAAACUUAGGGAACUCUCAGUCUUAUAAGCACAGUAACGUAGACGGAGGUUAUAAUAAAUACUCGUCGCCGGCGAUGGCAUCGCGAUUUUCCAUGCAAUAUAACAGAAGAACGGCUGCUUCCGCCGUGGGCUCUCCGGCUUGCUACGUAGCGCAAAAGUCCGAUAGCUACAAUCCUCAGGCUCAGGGUGGCGCGCAAAGGUCUGGGAAUUUCACGUCGAACGUACCCGGUCAAUCGUACAAUUCCCCGUACGCGAACGCGCAAUCCAGAAUGUUCAAUGCGAGUCAGUGCUUCGAUUACGCGAACGGCCGCAGGAACAAUCCGAACGAUCAGUAUUUCGAUAGCGCGAUCAGGUCGAGCAAUUACCGUAAGAACGCAGCUAACAGCUACAGGAGUAACAAUGGACAAACGGACCACGGAAACGGUUCUAGCGCACAGACGAACGAGACUUACAAUACAAUCGAAACCGAUAACAAUGGUUCGCAGGGGGUACAGGUAGCAGACAGCGGUAAUAAUUCGGAGAAGCCGGUUAGCCCACCGCCAGCGCCUUAUUCGCCCAUGACACGACCACUUCCAACUUUGUCACCACCCACCUCCCAGGUCCAGUUUUAUGCUCCGGCGCAAAACCGUUAUCAGCCAUCCCUAGCCCCGUCCCAACACCAGCAGCAGCAGCAGCAGCAGCAGCAACAACAGGCUAGUCAGCGUCGGUUCACCAUCGCUCCGACAUUGUCCGCAAGCCGCAAGCCGACAGAGAAGUACUCAAACUCCGGUUCUGCUCAGACCACCGCUAUGCUACGACAGAGCAAGUACAAGGUGAACGGGAUCAUGCAGACCGGGAACAAAGUGUCCGACGACAGUCUGGGCGGAGCCGGCGACGCGCCACCUGGCGUCGGUAGAAUGCCCAUUACGCCGCCGGGUACACCGCGGGCUCAUCAUCCAGGACAUCCUGCGGGGGAUCAGAAUCAGCUGAGCGACACGUGCCAUCAAAUGCAAGCUCUGAGCCUUUGAAUGCUUUCGAAUGCGCUCCUAUUGUUCAUUUUCUUUUUUCUUUUUCUUUGUUUUGUCCUCCGAUUCUUCUUUUUGGUCAUCUCUAUUACACACACACAUACGCCAAACACCAAACACAAACACAGAGUGAGAGAGAGAGGACAAGAUACAAAGCGCGUGUGUAUCUCGAUUUCGAAGCCGUAUGAAAAGCAACGUCGGACCUGACGGAUAGAAUCUGCGUAUAUUCGACAAACCUGCAUAAGCAUAUAUAUAUACAUAUAUAUACACGCAUAUAUGAUAUAUAACGGCGUACGAUUAUUCUCUUGUGAUCUCAGUCCCAAAUACAAAAAGGAAAAAAAAAUAUAUAACAGAAAAAAAGAAAAACUAGAC